AUGGUGGUAAGACCAGUUGCUGUAACCGUGAAAGCUCUCACGCUUGCACUCUAUUUGAUCCAUCCAUUCUAUCAGGACUGUGAUCCACCACCAUACAGUGUAGAACUGCUGGCUAUAGCCACGAUAAUGGUUCUCUGUGGUAUAAACUGUUAUUCGGUGAAAGCUGUAGCCAGACUUCAAGACUGGUUCACAAUCGCCAAGGUGCUCGCUCUACUAACGGUUAUCUUGACUUGGUGGAUAUCUGCUCAUUUUCGAAAUUUACCUCUGGCAUUUUUGAUUUCAAUGAUAAUAGUCACUGUGGUCUAUGUUCUCUACAAUAUUGCUUUGUAUGUUGUCCUUUCUCCUGAUGAAAUUAUUUUGCAUCCAGCUGCUUCU